AUGGAAUGGCAGAAAAAUUGCAUAUCGCGAUAUAGCGUAGCUAAUUACUAUGUGAGAGAGCGAAGAGGAAAGAGCGAGUUCUGCCUGCUGGGCGCCAACUGCACGGACCUGGUCAAUGACUUCCAGUGCGCCUGUCCGCCCGGCUUUACGGGCAAACGCUGCGAGCAGAAGAUCGACCUGUGCCUGUCGGAACCCUGCAAACAUGGCACCUGCGUGGACCGACUGUUCGAUCACGAGUGCGUCUGCCAUCCCGGCUGGACGGGUGCCGCCUGCGAGGUGAAUAUCGACGACUGCGAGAACCGACCCUGCGCCACCUGUGUGGAUCAGAUCGAUGGCUUUACGUGCAAGUGCCGUCCCGGCUACGUGGGGGUCAGCUGCGAGGCGGAGAUCGAUGAGUGCCUCAGCGAUCCGUGCAAUCCCGUGGGCACCGAACGCUGCCUGGAUCUGGACAACAAGUACGAGUGCGUCUGCCGCGAUGGCUUCAAGGGCAUCCUCUGCGAGACGGAUAUCGAUGACUGCGAGGCGCAGCCCUGCCUUAACAACGGCAUCUGUCGCGAUCGUGUCGGUGGCUUCGAGUGCGGCUGUGAGCCCGGAUGGAGCGGCAUGCGCUGCGAGCAGCAGGUUACGACCUGCAGCCUCCAGGCGCCAUGCCAGAACGAUGCCAGCUGCAUUGACCUGUUCCAGGACUACUUCUGUGUGUGCCCCAGCGGCACCGAUGGCAAGAACUGCGAGACCGCACCCGAACGCUGCAUCGGCGAUCCGUGCAUGCACGGCGGCAAGUGCCAGGACUUUGGCUCCGGCCUGAACUGCAGCUGUCCGGCGGAUUACUCCGGCAUUGGCUGCCAGUACGAGUACGAUGCCUGCGAGGAGCAUGUCUGCCAGAACGGUGCCACCUGUGUGGACAAUGGUGCUGGCUACAGCUGCCAGUGUCCCGCGGGCUUUACGGGCCGCAAUUGCGAACAGGACAUUGCCGACUGCAAGGACAACUCGUGUCCGCCUGGGGCUAGCUGUGUGGACCUCACCAACGGCUUCUACUGCCAGUGCCCCUUCAACAUGACCGGCGAUGAUUGCCGCAAGGCCAUCCAAGUGGACUACGAUCUGUACUUCAGCGAUCCCUCGAGGUCUACGGCCGCCCAGGUGGUGCCCUUCGCCACGGGCGGAGCCAACAGCUUGACGGUGGCCAUGUGGGUGCAAUUCGCCCAGAAGGACGAUCCCGGCAUCUUCUUUUCGCUGUACGGAGUGGAAUCCGCACGCAUGACGCAACACCGUCGCCUCCUGCUGCAGGCCCACUCCAGUGGCGUGCAGGUCUCGCUGUUUGAGGACCAAUCCGAUGCCUUCCUGAGCUUCGGCGAGUACACCUCCGUCAACGAUGGACAGUGGCAUCAUGUGGCUGUCGUCUGGGACGGCGUCAGCGGACAGCUGCAGCUCAUCACUGAAGGAUUGAUUGCCAGCAAAAUGGAGUACGGCGCUGGAGGAGCCCUCCCUGGGUAUCUCUGGUCGGUGCUGGGUCGUCCACAGCCCUAUGGCGGCGUCAGCCAUGAGUUGGCCUACUCAGAUGCCGGCUUCCAGGGCACCGUGACCAAGACCCAGGUGUGGGCCCGCGCCCUCGACAUCACCUCCGAGAUCCAGAAGCAAGUGCGCGACUGUCGCUCGGAACCAGUACUCUAUCCCGGUCUUAUUCUCAACUGGGCCGGCUAUGAGGUCACCUCCGGGGGCGUGGAGCGGAAUGUACCCUCGCUGUGCGGACAACGCAAGUGUCCUGUGGGCUAUACCGGCGGCAAUUGCCAGCAGCUGGUUGUGGACAAGGAGCCACCAGUCGUCGAGCACUGCCCUGGCGAUCUUUGGGUCAUAGCCAAGAACGGUUCGGCCGUCGUCACCUGGGAUGAGCCACACUUCAGCGACAAUAUUGGCGUCACGAAGAUCUACGAACGCAAUGGACAUCGCUCGGGCACGACCCUCCUCUGGGGCACCUACGAUAUCACCUACAUUGCCUCCGAUGCGGCUGGCAAUACGGCUUCCUGCAGCUUUAAGGUUUCGCUGUUGACUGACUUCUGCCCUGCCUUGGCUGAUCCCGUGGGUGGCUCGCAGGUCUGCAAGGACUGGGGCGCAGGCGGACAGUUCAAGGUGUGUGAGAUUGCCUGCAAUGCUGGUCUACGCUUCUCCGAACAAGUGCCCGAAUUCUACACCUGCGGAGCCGAGGGCUUCUGGCGUCCCACGCGCGAACCCUCGAUGCCUCUGGUCUAUCCAUCCUGCUCGCCCUCGAAGCCCGCGCAGCGUGUGUUCCGCAUCAAGAUGCUCUUCCCCUCGGAUGUGCUGUGCAACAAGGCGGGACAGGCAGUGCUGCGGCAGAAGGUGACGAACUCUGUGAAUGGAUUGAACAGGGACUGGAACUUCUGCUCGUAUGCCAUCGAGGGAACGAGCGAUCCUGUGGUCCAUACAUCGACGGGCGAACGCUCGAGUGUAAAGCAGCUGUUGGAGAAACUCAUCCUCGAGGACGAUCAGUUUGCCGUGCAGGAGAUCCUGCCCAACACAGUGCCCGAUCCGGCCUCCCUGGAGCUCGGCUCGGAGUACGCCUGUCCCGUGGGUCAGGUGGUGAUGAUACCCGACUGUGUGCCCUGUGCCAUUGGCACCUACUACGACAGUGCCAACAAGACGUGUAUUGCCUGUGCGCGCGGCACCUAUCAGUCGGAGGCGGGCCAGCAGCAGUGCAGCAAGUGUCCGGUGAUUGCAGGACGUCCUGGAGUCACGGCUGGACCUGGAGCCCGGUCGGCGGCCGACUGCAAGGAACGCUGUCCGGCUGGCAAGUAUUUCGAUGCGGAGACAGGUCUGUGCCGCUCCUGCGGCCAUGGAUUCUAUCAGUCGAACGAGGGAGCCUUUGGCUGCGAUCUGUGCGGCCUCGGUCAGACCACCCGCUCCACGGAGGCGAACUCGCGCAAGGAGUGCCGCGACGAGUGCAGCUCUGGCCAGCAGCUCGGCGCCGAUGGUCGCUGCGAGCCCUGCCCGCGUGGAACCUACCGCCUGCAGGGCGUACAGCCGUCGUGCGCCGCCUGUCCCCUGGGACGCACCACACCCAAGGUGGGUGCCAGUUCCGUGGAGGAGUGCACCCUGCCUGUUUGCUCGCCCGGAACCUAUCUGAAUGCCACCCUCAAUAUGUGCAUUGAGUGCAGAAAGGGCUUCUAUCAGUCCGAGUCGCAGCAGACCGCCUGCAUCCAGUGCCCGCCCAAUCACAGCACCAAGAUCACCGGCGCCACCUCCAAGAGCGAAUGCACCAAUCCCUGCGAGCACAUAGCCGAGGGCAAACCCCACUGCGAUGCGAAUGCCUACUGCAUCAUGGUACCAGAGACCUCUGACUUUAAGUGCGAGUGCAAACCGGGCUUCAAUGGCACUGGCAUGGCCUGCACGGAUGUGUGCGACGGCUUCUGCGAGAACUCGGGCGCCUGUGUCAAGGAUCUGAAGGGUACACCCUCUUGCCGUUGCGUCGGCUCCCUCACCGGACCCCAUUGCGCCGAGCGUUCGGAGUUUGCGUACAUCGCGGGCGGCAUUGCCGGUGCAGUGAUCUUCAUUAUCAUCAUUGUACUGCUCAUUUGGAUGAUAUGCGUGCGCUCGACGAAGCGCCGCGAUCCCAAGAAGAUGCUAACUCCUGCCAUCGAUCAAACGGGCUCGCAGGUGAACUUCUACUAUGGCGCCCACACACCCUACGCGGAGUCCAUAGCGCCCUCGCACCACAGCACCUAUGCGCACUACUACGACGACGAGGAGGAUGGCUGGGAGAUGCCCAAUUUCUACAACGAAACGUAUAUGAAGGAUGCUUUGCAUGGGGGCAAGAUGAGCACAUUGGCCAGGUCGAAUGCCUCGCUUUAUGGAACUAAAGAAGACUUAUACGAUCGACUGAAACGUCAUGCCUACACGGGCAAGAAGGAAAAGAGUGAUAGUGAUAGCGAAGUGCAGUAAACAAUAAACAACGAGAAGCAUAUGUAAUUAAAAUCUGCUUUAAUGUAAAAUGUGGUCAUACAAAAAUAUAA